CGACGAAAACACGUCCGUCCGUGAUACGUCUCACUGGACACUAAGGUCAACUGUAUCAAGACAACCCUCAGCUUCAAACGCCAUCAAGGCUGGUAUAUGCCCCUCAGAAUGCGGCAGUAAUCAUCUGCACCUUGUCACAAGGUUCCUGUUUGCGGGAAGCUCAGCGCACUGUCGUGGGGACGAAAGAGAGAUAGAUCUACAGUGAUGCCGAUUCCAGACGACGAUGACGGUGGAGACAUUUCCUUGUCAUUCCCCAUCUCGCGUUCCACUCCUCAGAUAUCGAGCAUUCUCAGAGAUCCGGUAGGCGAAGAUGACGUGGUUCACGCUGCCCGAGCCUAUGGACGGCACCAUCGUGACAUCUCGAGUCCCACUCCUAGAAGGGUGCUGAAUCGCGAUGUGCACCGAGGUUCCGCGGCUCGCUCAGUGCCGCCAGCAUCCUCAUCGCUCGUUGGUCUCGCCAUCAACACCCCAUCAGUGACAGGAUCUAUCUCGCUCAAUGAUUCGCCGACAAAGGAGAAGUUUAGCAGGUCUGGUCCUUCGCGCUUGGGAGCUCAAUCAGUUGGCUCAGGAGUAGAUCAGGACGACUCUCGAUCCGACGUUUCCACACCCCUCGUUGCCAGUUCAUUCUGGGGACCAGAAGAGCCCAUUCGACCGUCAUCUGCUGAUCCGAGAUCGUCUACUUCGGCUGGCCCCUCUGGUCCUGCUGAGAGUGGGAGUUCACGACCGCUGCCAAGGCGAACUUCUAGCAAUACUACGGUGGGCAGAAGCAAGUCCCUUCAUCUUCACGCCAGAUUACCUUCGUAUGAUUUGUCAACAUCACCCGAUCCUUCUCUUCCACCUUCUAGGUCCAGAUCCAAGGAUAAAGCCUCGACAGGCUUUACGAACCACGAAAUCACCCCAAGUUUACGCUUAGGUUGGAGUCGGCGUCCUGGUGAGCCCAGACCUCCGCCCUUGGUGGAGGCGAUUACUGCCCAGAAGAUGGGGCGUUGGAUCAAGGAGAUCGUAGUGUGCAACUUUGACCUGGAGAGGGGCCCGGUAGUUGAGCGCCGGUUGCUUGGCAGACGCUGGGGACCGGGCGAAAAGGAGAAUGUAGCGUUUUCCAGCUUCCCUGAUACCUCUCUUUUUGCCGAAGGCUCGAUCGUCUUCUCCUUCAAGAUCCGUCAUAUACCUCCAGACCCAAGCUCGUUACAUCAUUCUGAGCCACCGUCUCCGAUGCCGGAUUCAAGCGGAGGAUUCCUGGAUUCUUACAAAGAGACGCCAGUCAAGUCGAGCUCAAAUGGCGGGCUUCUGUCUCCGCGGGACGUCCAGUCACCUUCGCCUGGCCCACCCCAGUUGUUGAGUACAGGCGAAAAGGCUGAAGAGUAUCGGAAAUGGGAUGAAAGGGGUCGAGAAUGGUUGUACGGGUUCGUCUGGUUCGAGCAACGGCGAGAUCGAGGUAUCGCUCGAGGAUACAUGCAGAAAUCCCUUGUCAUCUUGACUCAUCUACCCUUCCCAUCGUUCUUCUCUGCCAUCUUGCAUCGAGUCGCCCCAAUCUUUUUCGAGCGUGGGUACUCCGCAUUAGAAGCUGCAUGUCAUUCAAUUGCAUCAUGGCCCGAUCCUAGUCCAGACCAGAUGCUGGAACUGCCACUCAUGUCUCAUGUCAUCACUGUAAAACUACCAGAUACAAAGGAUACGCCUCAAAUUGGUCAUGCUUUCCUUCCGCCGUCUCCCCAUAAUCCUAUUCUAGCAUCAUUGCCAUCUUCUACGCCGCUCAGGACAUUUGCAUCCUUCUUACCUUCCCUGUGGUCCUUGUGGGAAUGCCUAGUUCUCGCUGAACCAGUGCUAGUCAUCGCACCAGAUCCUCGAAUGUGCUCCGAGAUCGUAUGGUGGCUGAGAGAUCUAUUCCGGCCGAUUCCUCCAUCGGGAGACUUCCGACCAUAUUUACACAUUCACGACCACGACUUUGCUCUCCUCGUCAAUUCUAACAAACCUCAACCCGGUGUCGUCGUCGGUGUGACAAAUCCCUUCUUUCGUAAUGCCGCGUCGCAUUGGCCAAACGUGAUUUCCAUCUCUCUUGCUAAACCUGCACGGACAAAGAAGCCUGGGAUGGGCUCUGGUCCACCCCAACGAGCCGAACAGUCGGAUGGCUUCCACAGCAGGCGGCACCGCAGCGUUUCGAAAGAUAGAGCGUUGCUCAAGCGGCUCGAGGCACUCGUAGCCGAGGGAAGAUACGAUGAUCCAGCAGGCAACGAAGCGCUCCGCACGCAUUUCCAACAGUUGACGGAGCGAAUGCUGGUACCUCUCAAUCGGUAUUUUCAAACCCUUGCUCCAACUCUCACACCCGCCCCUUCGCCCAACCCAAACUUUACACCAUCUCCAUCGAUGGCUUCCGUGUCGUCUGUAGCGUCUCAAAGCUCCUUAUCGUCCCAUAUGACUCAUCAUUCGAGCGUCUCACUCUCAACAUCUUCACUGAAACCGUUCUCCUUGCCGACAUUCUUGACGCAACUCAAAACUCAAGGUCCAAAUCCCCUGGCCUUUAGAACAAAGGGUCUCAGUUCAAAGUCCAGAGUGGAGAAUGAUUUCUACGCUUCAUUCUGUAUGAGUGCAACUUUUGCCGGAUGGUUGGCCUCUCGUGUCGAGAGCCUAGGCAUCGCCGUGGCUGCGCACGUGGAGGAUGAAAUAUUCGCUUCUCAGUCCUCUGAUCACCUCUCUCCCCACUUGGGCGACGCAACACCUACAAAGUCGAGAUCUUCGCGACACGGCACUGCAUUAGGUUUGGAAACUCGCAUGUCGGAGCUUGACUUGACUCCUUCCGCCUCGAAAAGUCAGGCCAGGAUAGGAGUGGUGCGCCGAGUCGGAAGCGAUGGGCGGAUCAGUCUCAGCGAUGAUACUUCGACGACGACUACAACGUCGACGGAUUGAUCUUGGUUGCCAAAAUGUAUCCAUAAUGUAGCGGUAUCCUUGUCUUCAACAGCAUGCCAGAUGCUAUGCAUAGCCUACGACCAAUAGA